AUGUCUGGGACGACCCUCUUCGCUUCAACCCCGAACGCCACAUCACUGUCAGUCCCCCGAGUUCUCGACACUGCUAUGAGCAUCAUGCUCUUCGGAAGGCUCCUGAAGGGGUUCUCUUGGAGCAAGAUGGCCGGGGUGGCGGCCAUCGACCUCAGCGAGUCCAGGCACAACACCUUCAUGGCACGGCCGCUGGUGCUGCAGGCCGAGCCACGGCUUCCAGCGCACCUCUACCCGGGGAUCUCUUUGUAA